AUGCUGGGAAACUCCACACUCCAAUUCCUCACCACCCCCGAUGAGAAAAUGAACUUAAUCAAGCUGAUUGCGCCGUUCGAGCCGGCGUUCGCCGCUUCUCACAGCAGUAUGGUCGAGUACAAGGGUGAACAACGAUGUGUGAAUCCACGGCUGAAGAGUGAAUGGUGGGGCGAGAUUCUACGCGACUUCACGAGGAUCCACCCACGUCUCGAGGGCAUUCAAAUCAGACAUCUUCGGAACAUCUGGCGCAGGCUGAAACAGAUGGCUCAAAAGAAUAUCGAAGAGGAGCGAGACUUGACCAAAUUGGACAUAGCGACCCUCAGCGUGAAAGAUCCGAAUGCUUUGCGAGCCCAGGGGUUGGAGCCGAUGGAAUUUGAUCCGGACUUUGGAGCCAACUUUGUCCCCGACCCUAAUGCGAGGAUUCCAACGGCUGCGGAGGUUUUUCGAGAGUCAAUGAAAGAUGACUACUUUGCAAUCGCUAGACAGAGGAGGAAGGAGAGGAGAGCUGAAACCCAUCGGAAGAAAAAUCAAGGUAACGAGGACUGAAUUUAUAUUAGUCUAGAUAGCUGAUGACUACAGCAAAAAAAUGGUCAAAAUAAAUUUUAAAACAGCAAAGAACGCUAGUAAAUAGUGAACCAAGCCCUACAGCGUACAUUUAGAGACCCUAAUUGCAAUAGCCAGCUUAAUUUUGACGAUUUAUAUUAUAUCAGACAUCUAAUGUCAAGUAUAAUAUAAAAACAUCUCGGAAACACCUCAAACCUCUAUUUUUUGGGCAUUUUUAACUGUAUAGCUUUCUCUCUCACAUUUACUAGUAACUACAACACAACUGACAUCACUUUACUUUCAAUAUUUCUUGUUUCAUCACAUUCAGCAAUAACAACACAUACUUUUAGAAGCCCAAUUGUCUGAAGACGAGGAAGCUGAGCUCGAUGAGAGUGGAUCAGGUGGGUCAGCUGUCGACGAACCAUCAACGUCUGAACCACCAAAGAAAAGAGGGAAGUACAAGAAGAGGAGAAACUAUGGUGAGACUUUUUGCCUUGUAGCCAUUCAGUGGCGGACCUGAUCCAGUGGCAAAAAACGUACCCGUUUGCGUCCGGGAAGUGUCAAAAAUGUAGCGAAAUGCCUCCCACUCCAAUAAAAAAACUCCAUUCUGGAAAGCACGCCCUUCAAAACGGAGUAUUUUCAGUUGGAGAGGGAGGCAUUUUGCUACAUUUUUAAUGCUUCCUGGAUGCAAAAAGUUACGUUUUUUGUCACUAGAUCAAGUCUGUCGCUGUACAGAAAACUAUAAAAACACUAUAACAUCUCAAAAAAACUAUCCAAAAAAAUUUUUUAACACUCUGAUUUUUCAGACAUUUUGGGGAAUCCAACUGAAAAUCACAUCGUUAAAGUGAAGCUGAGUACCCAAUUCAUGGAAUAUGCUCUGAAGGCAGCUAAAUUGGAAGACUAUGCGAGGAGAAAUUGGAGAAAGAUUGUUUUCCAACCAACUGGAGGGGUUUCCGUUCGGGACCCGAAAGUCGGCGAGGAUUUGAGCAUCAAUUUCCCACCGUUCUUGCCGGAGAAGCCAUAA